AUGGUGGAAAAAAAUCCAACGGUGCCAUUCGACCCAAAGAAUCUGCUAAGUGGGAGAGGCAAUAAAUACCCACCAGGGGCUCCGAGAAAGCCCGAAAGCAGACAUGGGAGGAAGGCGACAAGCAAGGGUAAUCCCCUGACCGCCCUGGGUGGCUCCAAGAAUUGGGAGGGCAGGAUGGCCACGGAGUCCACACGAAGGAGUAAAUCCCGCCGUGAAAAGGAAUCGGUUGCACACUCAAGAAGCGUGCACAAUAAUGAAGACAUCCUCUACAAAAAGAGGCAGGAAAUCGAGGAGUUUGCUCGUUUGAUUAAGAAACGAAAGCAUGAGAUUCGAGAGUUGGAACGGAUCCGAGAACAUCUUGAGGACUCUGGACUUUCGCGAAGAAAUUCCAGAGGAGACAGAUAUGCUAUGGUGAAAUACAAGAAGGCUCCUUCAGUAGGCAGAAGGAGCAGAAGUAGAAGCCGAACUCCAGAACCGCGAAAGGCUUCUUCAAGAAAAAGAAGGAGCAGAAGCCGGAGUCUCACCCCUAAGGAGGGAGAGACUAGGAAACACCAUAGGGAUAGGUACGAGAGACUUGAUUCUGAUUGGGAAAGGAACGCUCCCAAUAAAACGAAGGAACGCAAGGAGGGGACCAUGUCUGCACGAGAAGCAGCACGAAAGGCUCUCAACAAUAUAGCAUCCUCCCCUUUUGCAAGGAGGUUGCAGGAGGCAAGGCUGCUGAGCAGGGUAAAGCACGGUGCGUUCAUACUCUAUGAAACAAAUAUAGAUCCUGUGGCGCAUAUAGAACAUUACCAACAAGCAAUGUUCAUGCACAACGGGAAUGAUCAUGCUAGGAACGAGGAUGACAUACUCCAGGAAUACGGCAAGGUGGUUGCCAAGCAAGCCAAGGGGCUUGCAAAGAAGGCUGAUAAGCCAGAGCCCAAAACAUACCGGGAAAGGAAGGACUAUGGGCAGGAUAAGAAAGAGCCGUACAAGGAGAAGCAUGCCCCAGACCCCUAG